AUGAACUCCUUGAAUUUCUGCGGGACAUCCAGCGGUGGAGUGUUUCCUCUCCACGGCGCCAGCUCCAUGUUGUUCGACCUGCACCAGCAGAUGGCGGAGCAGUACCACGUCUACUCUGCGGCAGGGCCCGCGGUGCACACCCUGUCUGUGGCGGAGCGGCUGGCAGAGCUGAUCCUGGAGGCUCGCUAUGGGAACCAGCAGAAGCAGCGUCGCAGCCGCACAGCGUUCACCGUGUCCCAGCUGCAGGCUCUGGAGAAAGCCUUCCAGCAGACACAGUACCCGGACGUGGGCAUGAGAGAGAGGCUGGCUGUUUGCGUCAACCUGCCCGAGGCUCGUAUUCAGGUGUGGUUCAAGAACCGGAGGGCCAAGUUUCGUAAAGAUCAGAAGUGCUCCUCCUUCUCCAGGGACAACAACGGACUGGAGGAGACCCCCCACCGCAGGAAGGUGGGUCAGGAGGAAGUGAGGCCUGAUGACAAACAGGAAGUCAACAUAUCAUACACUGACAGCCACAGCCCUCCUCCUCCUCCCGCUCCUCGUCCUCCUCCACGUGUCCGGGAUGUUCACCCCCCUCUCACCCAUUCAGACUCGGAUAUCUCACGGUGCCCCCUCCGACUACACUCCCCUCCGCUGUUCCCUUACAUGACGGGGGAGCACUACGGCCUCCCACAUCACCAGCCGCAUGUUGGAGUGCUGUCCUCUGACCUCGCCCUCCCCCCGGUGUUCUGGCCCAUCAUGCAACAGCACAGCUCGGCCCUGGGGGUGCCCUCAUCAUCACUAACUAAAAACUGUAGCCUGUCCCUUCAGACUGCUUGUUCCAGAAAAGCUAUACCUCACCCUCACCUGGGGCUGUAA